AUGGCAAAAACUCUGCGUGGUAAGAGGACAGCAGAGGAGGAAGAGGAAGAAGUUGGUGUGAUAGUGAGACGUUCAGGCUCAUUACGACAUAGAGGACAGCCACCCGAGCCCGAGACAACUCUUUGGGAAGUCAUGUUUUGGUGGCUGCCAGACCUAGACGAUGAAGAGGAUGAGGAGGAAGAUGAAGACGAUGAUGGACUUGUCAAAAAAGGAAAGUCAAAGAAAGGAGCAUCAAGAGGUCUUAGAAACAAGCCACUGCCAGACAAAAAACUCAUGAAGCCAAAUGAAGGGAAAUUAAAGGACAGGAGAGCUAAGAAAGACAGGGUCGAAGAAAUCAAAGACAUGAAGACAAUAGAUCAGGAGGAACCUGAAAAAACAGCAGAUGAGGAAGAUGAGGAAGAUGAGGAGGUAAAGCCUGAGAAGACUAAAAAGCUGCAGGAAAAGAAGAAAAAGACUCAAAAGGGAUGAGUUCAAUGUUUCUACUGUUUCCAAUGUCCUCUUUUAAAUAUGCUUCUACUUAGACUCAAAAGUCUUGCUUCCAGAUAAAUGACUUCAAUGUCAAUAUGGUAGAUUUUGGCUGCUUUGCUACAGAUGUGAUUUUGUGUAGUGACAUGUUUGAUUCAAAAUUCUGACUGCUUUAUUUAAACCUGUGAUCAUUUGGAGGCCUUUAGAGGUGAAAGAUCUACAUUUUUAUUAAAUUGCUUAUCAAUCGCACCAGCUCAGUUUACUGUCAAUAAUUAA